GGUUUUAUCAACAUAAUUGUUGCUAUAAAUAGAAAAUAAUGAUUAUCUAUGGCGUCUAUAUAGUCAGCAAAUCGGGCGGACUUAUUUUCAACCUGGACAACAAUGUGCCGCGCAUUGAACACGAGCGUGUCUUCACCUACCCCCUGGAACUGGUGUUGGACUACGAUGCUAAGAAGGUGUCCGUGUCAUUCAAUCGCAAGGACGGCAUUAAUGUUGGCCAUGUACUUGUCGGGGUCAACGGAAUAGCUGUCAACGGCGGCACGCUGGACGAUGGACGCGACGUGAAAGCGACCCUGGAGGCGGCGGAAAACUAUCCAAUAAAUCUGAAGUUCACACGCCCCAAGAUGACCACCAAUGAGAAAAUCUUUUUGGCCAGUAUGUUCUAUCAACUAUAUGCCAUGGCCUGCCAAUUAAGUCCCGAGCCAAAAAGUUCUGGUAUUGAGUCGCUGGAGGCGGAUACCUUUACGUUACAUUGUUUUCAAACGCUCACUGGCGUUAAGUUUAUUGUGAUAUCGGAGACCGGCCUCAAUGGCAUGGAUCUACUACUGCGCAAGAUAUACGAGCUGUACUCAGAUUAUGUGCUCAAAAAUCCAUUCUAUUCGCUGGAGAUGCCCAUACGAUGCGAAUUGUUUGACAACAAGCUCCAGGAACUUCUCACGCAGGUCGAGAAGACGGGCAUUAGCAAUAUUGAUAAAUAAAUAUUAUUUUCUAAAACA